UCUCACCGUCCCAGUUGAAGCUGGAUGGUGGUGGACCGCUGCUCAGCUGGUCAGCACCGGAGCAGCCAGCUGAGCGAAGGCUGCGCAGAGCGCACAGACAGACCCGGAGAGCCUCUGCUGCCAUGUAGAUCAGCCGGGAGAAAAGUGGACCUUUUCAGCAAGAUGAUAACUUCCGUGACUUAAAAGCGCUGGAGCACCAGUGGUUUUUAAAACAGUGAUCACAGGUUCACCGAGCGCGCCGAGAGGACCAUGGCGCGUUUUACGCACUGCAGGUAACCAGUGUUCUGGAGACUAAAGCGCAAACAACAUGCAUUAAACUGUGAGUGCUGCCUUCUCUUUACGCCAGCUGAUAUGGCAGCACUUCGUAGAAAAUUUGGAGAAGACUACCAGGUGGUGAACACGAACCGAGCCACCACUUUUUCUGCUCCGGUGAAGAAGAAACGACAGCGCUUUGUGGAGAAGAACGGCCGCUGCAACGUGCAGCACGGGAACCUCGGCGGGGAGACCAGCAGGUACCUGUCAGACCUCUUCACCACUCUGGUGGAUCUAAAGUGGAGGUGGAACUUGCUCAUCUUCAUCCUGACUUACACCAUCGCCUGGCUGGUCAUGGCAUCGAUGUGGUGGAUCAUCGCUUACGUCAGGGGCGACCUGAAUCACGGACACGACCCGUCCUACACCCCCUGCGUAGCAAAUGUUUACAACUUCCCUUCAGCUUUUCUAUUCUUCAUCGAGACCGAAGCCACCAUCGGGUACGGCCACCGGUACAUCACGGAGAAGUGCCCGGAGGGGAUCAUCCUCUUCCUGUUCCAGUCGCUGCUGGGCUCCAUAGUGGACGCUUUUCUCAUAGGCUGCAUGUUCAUCAAAAUGUCCCAGCCCAAGAAACGCGCGGAGACGCUCAUGUUCAGCCAGGACGCGGUCAUCUCCCAGAGGGAUGGGAAGCUGUGCCUCAUGUUCCGAGUUGGCAACCUGCGGAACAGCCACAUGGUUUCGGCGCAGAUCAGGUGCAAAGUCAUCAAGUCUCGUCAGACGCCUGAGGGGGAGUUCCUGCCUCUGGACCAGUGUGAGUUGGAUGUCGGUUUUGGGACAGGUGCAGAUCAGCUUUUCCUGGUGUCGCCUCUCACAAUUUGCCACGAAAUAAAUCCCAAGAGCCCGUUUUUUGACUUAUCGCAGCGCUCUCUUAUGAACGAACAGUUUGAAAUAGUUGUUAUCCUGGAGGGCAUCGUGGAGACCACCGGUAUGACGUGCCAGGCGAGGACGUCCUACACUGAGGACGAGGUGUUAUGGGGCCACCGUUUCCUCCCUGUGAUGUCCCUGGAGGAAGGUUUCUUCCGGGUGGACUACUCUCAGUUUCACAGCACAUUUGAGGUCCCAACACCCCCGUACAGCGUCAAAGAGCUGGAAGAGAAGAACUCAUUGCCCUCCCCUAUGUCCACUCCCACCCCCGCACUGACUGAGAGCCGCAGCGCUCGACGGGACCGGGUGUUUUCUGUGGACUGCAUCAACACUUCGGAGGAAAAAGGUCGUCAUGGAGGAAUUGGAGGACGGCUGCCGAGCAAGCUGCAGAGGAUGAGCUCAUCUGGGAAAGAGGACCUACAGAGGAAGGUGCUUCUGCUCGGCUCACAGCACUCGGAGAAGGCCUGCAGCACAGGAGACCUUCCCCUAAAGCUGCAGAGGCUCAGCUCCUCUCCCAGUCCCGUGGCGCAGAAUCGGCUGCAACUCAAAUCCCUCAAGGUGGGUUUUGAGCCCAUGACACAGUCCACAGGAGACCUGUACCAGCGCAGCCCACCAUCAACGCUGUCGCCCACUCCAGUUCUCAUGCACAGCCCUCUUCUCUCAGCUGGAGGGAGAUUAGAAGACAAUCUGCCACCAAAACUACGAAAAAUGAAUGCUGACCGCUGAAAUCCAGACUUCAAAAACACACACAAGGGGACUCACAUGGGAACGGGUUCAGAAACAGAAGAGGCGGCAUCACGAAACAACAAACAAACAAACAAACAAACGGAUGGCUUAUUAAAUAAUUUAGAGACUGGUUUUUAGACAGAACCUUCACUGGAUCUACUGUGAUUUUAUGUUUCAUAGCUUCUGCUUCCACGAAGGCUUUGUUAAACAAACAUCAGUUUAGUGCUUACUUUAUCAGGACUAGAGCAUGUGUACACAGUCUCUUGUAAAACCACUGUACUUCAUAGUCAAUCAUAGUUUUAAUGAAAUAUCAACUAUAUUAUGAAAAUAAAUGAUUUUUGACUUUGUUUUUCUUGAGUUUUGUUUACUGCCACUUUAGGAAGAAAAGAGGGGUUUAUUCUAUAAUCGAUCAGUGAUAAUCAUUAAUAAUCCUGCUGGCUAAGGGAUCCAGUUGUGUAAUGGAAAAGAAUUUUACAGAGCUGUUGUUAAAAUAAUUCAUUUAUAAAACGAAAAAUAAACUAACAUGCUCACAAAGCCUC